AGAGCUCCAGCGACCCCAGCCCCUAGACCCAGAGCGAAGUGGGGCGCAUGCGCAUGGCGGGCGAGCUGCCUUCCCCGGCCGAAGCCCCAUCCGCCUCGGCUGCCGCCAGCAAGGGAUGCGCGUCCUCUUGCAGAGCCUCCCCACAGGCUCCCGAGGAGCUGCUCCGGCCAGAGGAAACGCCCAUGGGAUCAGAGCAGAUGGAGAUGCGCAAAAGGCAGACAUCUGUGUCCCAGGAAACACCAAGCUCCGUACAAGCACAGCCUGGGGUAGGGAAUCGAGGUUCCAACGCCUGCUGCUUCUGUUGGUGCUGUUGUUGCAGCUGCUCCUGUCUUACUGUUCGGAAUCAAGAAGAAAGAGCAAGAGCAGCAUCACAUGAACUCAGAUCAGAAACUAUUGCAAAUUGUGAAGAAAGCUCCACUCCUACUCUGGAAGAAGUGAACACUUGGUCCCAGUCCUUUGACAAAUUGAUGAGAACACCAGCAGGGAGAAAUGCUUUCAGGGAGUUCCUUCGCACAGAAUUCAGUGAAGAGAACAUGCUUUUCUGGAUGGCCUGUGAAGACCUAAAGCGGGAAUCCAAUAAGAGUGUCAUUGAAGAGAAAGCAAGACUUAUAUAUGAAGAUUAUAUUUCCAUCCUCUCUCCAAAAGAGGUCAGCCUAGACUCAAGAGUAAGGGAAGUUAUCAACCGGAACAUGCUGGAGCCAUCACAACAUACUUUUGAUGAUGCACAGCUCCAGAUUUACACUUUGAUGCACAGAGACUCCUACCCUCGGUUUAUGAACUCUGCUAUUUAUAAGGACUUAAUUGAGUCGCUCUCUCAAAAAUCUGCUGAAGCAUAGAAUUUAAAUAUAUUUAUUGUACACCUACCCACUCACAUAACACAAAUGAAACUUCAGGGUACCAUUCAUCACAUAGAAUUUAGAACUGAUGAGUUCAUUACCUGAAAAAACUCAAAUUACAUAUUUUAAUACAGUUUAAAAAGUGUUCCAACAUGGAAUAACUUCUAGAACGACAAGCUAUUUCCAGUGUCUUCAGAUUUGUACUAAGCCAUAGUGGCGGAGAAUAUGGAGGAAAACAACCUUCUAAGAGAUCAACAAAAGGGGACUGCUUACACAAAAAGGCAUAUUUUGCUAAGGACUUUAACAUUACUUAAAACUAAUAUGGAAUAAAAUCAUAGAUCUGUUUUGAGGUAAUAGUUACUUCCCCCUCCCACUACUGUAAGGUUAUAGUAGUUGGAUUGUUGGAACCAGGCUUAAACUGGUGUGUAUGUUUACUGUCAUACUGUAUUCUGUUUCUGAAGUAGAAAUGGUCUGCAUCAAUAAAUCAUAAAAUAUUUGGUUUUGCAUUGAAAUAAGCACACAAUAUGUUCUGCUCAGUCAAGUGACUACUGGAUUGUACCUAGCAGUCAUUUAUCCUAUCUCCCUCAUCUCCUAUCCUCUCUGGACUGGGAAGAAGUUCAUUCCUGGAAUUCAAUCUUAAGAGACCAGUCCUUUUCUACUGGAGAACAGCUGGCAUUUUCUUUCAUUGCAAACUGAAUUGCAAUCUUUCCUGGACAUGAACAGCAUGUUUGUUCGUUACUGACUUCAGAGCAAAGACUAACAAGGCCACUGGUUUGAGCAUGUGCUGCCUAUAAAGUGUUAUUUAUUACUAGAAUUUGUGGAAUGCAUUUUAAUAGCUGUGUUGUUACAUUUCUAUAAAAAAUCAAAGCAUUUAGAAAAAGGAGAACAGCUAGGCAUUUGAAUUUUUAAAUAAAAAACAAAACACAUAUUUUGGCUGUUUUUAUUUCAUAAACUUACUUGCAUACUAACCCAUUCUACAGAAGUAUCAUUAUUGAAUUAUGAUAAUUAGAACCAUUAUUUGGUUUAGAAAGGAAUGUCUGCUAAAUAGAUUUAAACACUUUCAGUUCCAAUAAUCAGUAAAUCAUCUGAAAUCAC